CAUUAUUACUAGGGCUCUAAGAAGAUUUUCAUUUUCAGUUUCCCGGCACAUACGGGAAGGGAGGACGCGAGGAUGCCGGUGUCAAGGGCACAGUCAUCAGAUUCGAGAAUCAUCGCUCACGUCGAUAUGGAUUGCUUUUACGUCCAAGUCGAGCAGCGUAAGCAGCCAACUUUAAGAGGUCAACCAACUGCAGUGGUGCAGUAUAACUCCUGGAAAGGUGGAGGCCUCAUUGCUGUCAGUUAUGAAGCUCGUAUGUUUGGGGUGAAACGUUCCAUGCGAGGUUCUGAAGCAAAGGAAGUCUGUCCGGAAAUUCAGCUCGUCCAAGUUCCAGUCGCUCGUGGAAAAGCUGAUUUGAGCGUGUACCGGAAUGCCGGUUCAGAGGUUGUAUCUAUCCUUUCAAGGAAGGGACGAUGUGAGCGAGCUUCUAUUGAUGAAGUGUAUCUUGACCUUACUGAAUCUGCAGAGACAAUGUUGGCUGAACUUCCACCUCACAGAUUGGAAUCAAUUAAUGAAGAAGCUCUUAAGUCACAUGUCUUGGGGCUUGAUGUGCAGGAUGGAGACAAUGCUAGAGAGAGUGUGAGGAAAUGGUUCCUCAAGAGUGAUGCUGACCACCGUGAUAAAUUAUUAGCCUGUGGAGCACUUAUUGUUUCUGAACUUAGAUUGCAAGUAUUGGAAGAGACUGAAUUCACAUGUUCUGCAGGGAUAGCUCAUAAUAAGAUGCUGGCCAAAUUAGCCAGUGGCAUGAAUAAACCUGCUCAACAAACUGUUGUGCCAUUCUUGUCCGUGAAUAAAUUACUUGAACCUUUACCUAUAAAGAAAAUGAAACAACUUGGGGGAAAGCUGGGAACUUCCCUGCAAGUGGACCUUGGUGUGAAUACUGUUGGUGAUCUAUUGCAUUUUUCAGAGCAGAAGCUGCAAGAACAUUAUGGCAUAAAUACUGGCACUUGGUUAUGGAAUGCUGCAAGGGGGAUCAGUGGGGAUGAGGUUGAGAGCCGCCUACUUCCUAAGAGCCAUGGCUCCGGAAAAACAUUUCCUGGACCUAGGGCUCUUAAAACCAGUGCUUCUGUUCAAAAGUGGCUUAAUGAGCUUUGUGAAGAACUGAGUGAACGUCUUCUUUCUGAUUUGGAGCAGAAUAAACGCAUUGCUCAUACACUCUCCCUACAUGUAAAUGCCUACAAGUUGAAUGACUCGGAAUCAGUUAAAAAAUUUCCUUCGAAGUCAUGUCCAAUAAGGUAUGGGACUGCCAAGAUUCAAGAAGAUGCUUUCAAUCUAUUUCAUGCCGGACUACGUGAAUAUGUUGGUUCACGCACUAUCAAGACAAAGGGAAACCUACAUCAUGGAUGGGCAAUAACUGGUCUUUCCAUUUCAGCCAGUAAAAUAGUUGAAAUACCAUCAGUUACAUUUAUACUCCAUUGCAUAUCUGUUUGCUUUGGUAAUGCUAUUGGGCAGGGAACACGUUCAAUCAGCAAGUAUUUCGAUAACCAAGUUAAAACAUGCACUUCGGAAAAGCAAUCAAUUGACUUGUUCACCCAAUAUGAUGCAGAUGUAUCAUACUCAGGUAAUGGAAGCUACUUAAGAUUUCACUCAAUGUGCCCACAGAUGAAAAAUUGCGAGGAAGACACGGGGAAUAAGCAUUUCAUGCCUAUUGUGAAUCAAGACAAAGAUCAAAAUGAAAGCAAGGAUGAAUCUUUUAUUCCCAAAUCUAUAGAUGAACAGCACUCAUCUUUCUCUACGGUCAGACAGCAACAAGAUGGAGUCACACGAGACAUUUUGUCAUUGUCAUCUUCAGGAGCUGAGCUAAAUCAGAAGGAAACAAAAAUAGAUUUCCUGGGGGAAGAAACUGAGCAUGGUUUGAAGUCGAAGGAACAGAAAUGGAAGCCGUAUAAGGAAAAGGGAACUAUUUUAAGAUAUUUUGGCAGCCAUGGUUCAUGUUCUUUACCAAAAGAAGACCACGAUAAGAUACUUGGAGAUAAUAAAGCAUCCUCUUCCUCAGAUUCUAAGGUGAUGGUUGAUAGCUUCUUUGAAGUUGUGGAAGGCAAGUUGCCUCCAAAAAAUCUGGUUCCAAGGACCAGUACCACCCUGAGUGGUCAAGAUGAACUGAGGAGGACUGCAUGGAGUUACAAGAGUGAUGAAAUCGACCAAAUAACCUUGAAUGAGUUACCAAUAGAAAUUCAGGCAGAAGUGCGUACUUGGCUUCGGCCACAUAAGCGGGCUAAUACUAUGAAGAAGGGUUCUAGUAUCCUCGAUUAUUUCUUACCAACUAGGAACUCGUAAAUUCAAUCUGUAUAGUUAGAUAGCCGAAUCCUGAAUGCUUUUCUUCUUUUCAGGACCGUUUUCUGUUCAUAUUUUCCUUAAUACAAGUCAUUGUACCCUUAAGUCAGAGAUAUUAAAAGUCAGAGAUAUUAAAGGUCUUAUAGCAAAGUCUUGAGUUUAAUCUGUAUGCAUAAAGAAGUCACGCUUUCUUGCUAAUAGACACUGCGCAAAUGUUUUAAAACUUGA